GGAAAAACUAAGAGAACAAAAGGCAUAUUAAGGCGAUUGGGACUUAAAUUAGAAUUAAAAGGAAGUUAAAGUUAUUAUUUAAAUAGUUUUCUGGCUUAUUAUUCAUUGAAAAACCCGCUCUACUUUAUUAUCACUGAAUUUACCAAGUCUAGUGUAGUGUUUACAAAUAGUAAAUAAUAAAAUUUACAAUGUCAAAUUUUACAGUUGAAAAUGCUAUAGCAGCUUUGAAUGAUAUUUUAGAAGAAUUAAAUACAGAAGAGAAUUCAUCAAAACUACAAGAAGCACGUGAGAGUAUCGGCAAUGAAAUGCUAAAAAUGAUGCAAUAUGUAUUUCCAAUGAUUAUGGAAAUUGAAAUGAAUGUUAUCAAAAAAUACGGAUUUGUGGAAGGUCGUGAAGGAAUAGUUAAAUUUUCACAAAUGAUACGACAAUUUGAAAAAGAAGAUGCAGAAGUAGCAAGAUUACAUAAUCUUUUGAGAGCGUAUUAUUUACCAUCGGUUGCUGUAGCUACAACGGCUGAUUGCCCGUAUGAAGUGUCUGUUGAAACGUAAAAUCGUUUCGAAAGGGUUAUCAAAUAUAUACAGAUAGCAGUUUAAUCCCCAAUUUGCAUUAGGUGUUUGGUUGAAAGAAUGUGUGACGAAAGAGUUUCUACAAAAUUUUGUUU